UAUGUACUACAGUACUGACGGCACGGAGUUAAGGCGUAGAUGUGUCCUCUGCCACGUAAAAACACCAUUGUAUUGCUGCACAUGCAAGGCCUCCUUGUGCUUUCUGCCAAAGAGAGAUUGCUUCAAUGCCUGGCAUGACAAGAUGGAUCUCUAAAAGAGAAGCGCUGUCAGUGUUUGUGUGUAUAUAGUUACAUAUUGUUUAUUUUCAGAUGCAAUUGGAAGUUCAUGUAUUCUAGUUGUUUAUUUAGCUGCCUGCAGCCUGAUCUGCUCCUGCUAGACCUAAGCAUCAUCCAACUCGAAGCUUUGUGUCUCUGAUGGACAGCUAUAGAUCCAACCACCCUGCCAAAUAUUAUCAUUAUGUCUACAUCAUAGAUGUGACAGAUGGGGAGCACAAAUGGACAGUGAAGCACAGAUACAGCGAUUUCCAUGAACUCCACGAAAAACUGACAGCAGAGAAAAAGGUGGACAGACUGCUGCUUCCUCCAAAAAAGAUUUUGGGGAAGAACUCAAAGAGUCUUGUGGAGCGGCGGCAGAAGGAGCUGGAGCUCUAUCUGCAAACGCUGCUUCUGCAGUUCCCACAGGCCACACCGACUGCACUGGCCUGCUUUCUGCAUUUUCACCUCUAUGAGAUCAAUGGCAUAACAGCUGCACUGGCUGAGGAGUUGUUUCAUAAAGGCGAGCAGUUGCUGCAGGCUGGUGAGGUGUUUUCUCUAAGUCCCCUGCAGCUUUACGCCAUCUCCCAGCAGCUCCGACUGGCCAAGCCAACCUGCUGUAAUGGAGAUGCCAAAACAGACCUGGGACAUAUCCUGGACUUCACUUGCCGGCUGAGAUACCUCAAGAUCUCUGGUUCCAGAGGCUCAGUAGGAACCAGUAACAUCCAGGAGUGUAGUCUUCCCUUUGACCUGUCUGUUUUCAAAUCCCUCCUGCAAAUAGAGAUCAGCGAGUGCAGCUCUCAGCAGAUUCAAGGUUUGUCCACCCUGAGGUCGAGCCUGGCUACUAUGAGUAUCCACCGCACCACAGAAACGAUGACGUCAAUCCUGGUCCCGGAGGCAAGCGAGUUCUCGCAGUGGGAACCUGAGGGUGUAGAGUCUGGCUGUCCUGUCACUGCUGUCAUUCCUGUGUGGAGAAAUCUGACCACGCUGGACAUGAGCCACAACUGCAUCAAAGUCAUUGACAGCUCAGUGAAACUGAUUCGGAAAGUGGAGUUUCUUGAUCUGAGCUACAACCAGCUGUCUUCAGUGGAAAACCUCCAGCACCUGUACAACUUGGUCCACGUGGACCUGUCCUAUAACAGUCUGCGGGUCUUGGAAGCUGCUCACACCCGUCUGGGAAACAUCAAAACCCUGAGCUUGGCUGGCAACCAAUUCGAUCGAUUGACGGGCCUCAGUAAGCUGUACUCUCUGGUCAACCUUGACCUCAGCCAUAACCAGCUGGCUCAGUUAGAGGAAAUCAGAAACAUCGGCUCCCUGCCCUGUUUGGAGAAACUGAACCUGUCAAGUAACCCCAUAUGCAUCAUCCCAGACUACAGAACCAAAGUCCUGGCCCAGUUUGGAGACCGUGCAGCAGAGGUUUGCCUCGACUCCACGGUGACGACAGAGAAGGAGCUGGACACCGUGGAAGUUUUAAAAGCCAUUCAAAAAGCCAAAGAAGCCAAAGACAGGAUGAGCAGCGGCGACAAGAAGAUCAGUGAGGAGACCAGGCUGUGUGCUGCUGCACCUCCUCACCUCUCCUCCUCACCUCCCCCCUCCUCCUCCUCCCCUUCCUGCUGCUCAUCUGCUGUUGCUCCUCCUGCUGUCAGCUCCUCUUCUUUCUCCUCCUCCUCUUUCUGUCCAGUCCAGCAGGCUGCCUGCUCCAGCCAAGAAUUAACAGGAAAAGAAGAAGCCCCAGUUCCUCCCAGCGUUCUCCCUCCUGUGGCCUCUGCGCCUCCCCCUGCAUUCACCACACACAUCCUGCCAGCUGAGCCACCUCAGAUACAACAACCAACUGUUAGUUUGGCUGAACAAACAGACUGUGGAGCUCCCACAUGUGCCACCACGACUUCUACUACAACUGCAAGCUGCAGCGUCUGCUCAGUGGAGUCCAGUUGCUCUUCCUGCAGCGCCGCCUGGUGUCACCUGCUCCCUUCCUGCCUGCUCUCCCUUUCUUCCUCAAACAAAGCAUUCAUUACCCAGCUCUCCCAGCAUCUCAGGUCCAUCAUAGAGGAGCAGAGGAGGACAAAUGAGGAGGAGGACGAGGAGGAGGAUAAUGAGAGCGAGGAGGAAAAAAGGUCUGAAACCAGAGCGGUCCAGUCCAACAUGGAGGCUACCGCGGUGGGAAGUCCCAGUCCAGGCUCGAGGGAUGGAUACUUUGAGAUGAGUCUGGACGACUCUGUGGAGGAGUCGGUUUGCUCCUCCUCCACGUUGCUUACUGCUGCGCCUGCAGAGGAGCCUUGCAGCCACCCAGGGGAGCUGUGUGAGGAGGAGCUGAAGGUCAACAGGGUUCUGUGGUGCUACUGUCUUCAGGUGGAGGAGGAGGUGGAGCAGAAGCGGGCCUGUCUAGUGCUGACGGAUCAGCGGCUGGGCCUGCUGUCUCUGCCAGAUGGCUUCACAUGGACCAGUCAAGAUCUAGAUCAGGAGCAGUGUCUGCCUGUGGAGAAGAUGCUGUCAAACCUCCAGACAGACAUCCUCCUGCCUUACUCCCAGCUCCUGCUCUCUUCUCUUCCUGAGCUCCCUGGCUCUCUCUUUUCCUUUGAGCUUCGCUCUGGACAAACCCGCUGGUACAUCUUCUCCGAGGCCGAGGAGCUCGGCCAGAUCAGAGCUGAGCUGACAGUUCUGAUCCGGACAGCGGAGUCUCAGCUUGACCCAGAGACACUCAACACUCCUCAGCUCCUCCCGAGCUCACUCAUUAACUCCUGGGAGCUGGAGGAGAGUCAGGGAGCCCACGGGGGGUACCCAGCUUACCUUCUCCUCCCCUCCUCUUCCUCAUCCACCCUGGACAACCACAUUCUCUUGUCAGACAUCUUAUCUGAGAAAGAAGAACACCGACUUCCGUCCCUGUUCUUCCUCACCCAUCGACACCUCUGGGUGCUAAAAAUUGAUUUCAGAGAACUCACAAUGAAAGCGAGAAUCGAUCCUAAACCUCAUCACUCCUCCUGGUGCAAGUUAGUGCGUGUGCCUCUCGGCUCCGUGGUGCUUCACCCCAGAGAGAGCUCUUCUCAGGUCAGGGACAGAACUAAUGACCCCUCCUGCUCCAAUCCACAACACUGCCACAGGAGGAGUCAUACAGUGGAGCUGCUGCUGGGGGUUCAGAGGCUGCGGCUGCUGUUUCCCCUGGCUAAGAACAAGAGCUCCUUCCUGGGGAAGCUGAGAUGGCAGAGAGCGUCUCUGGAGGGGCUGAAGAUGGUGGCCCUGCCCCGGCCCUGCUCACAAGGGCACCAUGGAAAAGGUCCGUGUAGACCCAGUGACCAGUACUGUUUUACCUGUACUAGGAAAUCGGGGAGCUCCAGCAGCCGAGGCUCUUCUCAUCUCCAGCUGGUAGAGAACCAGCCAUCCCCUCAUCUCGUCCCAAGUCUCUCGCCAGGACUGCAGCUUCUUGCUGGGCUUGAAGGAGAGCAGCUGCUGGCAUAUUUCCAGAGAUUCAUAGCACUGUCUGAGGAAGAGGAGGUGAGGCAGGUUCUGUGGUUGUCCGUGGUUCUCUACAAGUCUCCAGACACUGAACUUGCCUGCUGUUUGCUGUUGUCCACGGAUACAAUCUACUUCCUGCUGGAAGACUCGGCCACUACCCUCGGACACCAUUCUGUGUUGGACGUUACAGAGUCUGGAGAUCCACACACCUGCCUGUGCUGCUGUCUGUCUAUCAGGCUGUCUGAGCUGCUGUCUAUCAACGUGGGGCUGUUCGACCAGUAUUUCAGAGUUGUAGGUCACACAGCCGAUCACAUAGUGUGUUGUCUCAGCAGAGACAGCUAUGGGACAGGCGUCUUUCUUCAAGAACUGAUGUCAGCUCUAAGUUUGCAGCAGCAGCUUCCUCCUCCUGAACCUUCAGAUCAAGACUUCUAUUCUCAGUUCACCAACACAAACACUGGUAAAAUGCAGAACUACGAGCUGGUGCACAGCAGCAGGGUGAAGUUUAUUUACCCAAGUGAGGAGGAGAUGGGAGACUUGACCUUCAUCGUUGCCGAGAGGAAGACUCCAGCCAUCACAGCGUCCCCGCGCUCCUUUAACAUCCUGCUGUACUUGCUGGUUUUCCAGGUCCAGAGCUCUAGCAGUGUUCUGAGCCCAGGCUCUGUCCUCUCAGGCUCCUCCACCUCCACUUCAUCUCCUGUGCUCGAACCAAGGACUCUGAUUCUGACCAGCACUGACGUGUUCCUCCUGGAUGAGGACUACGUCAGCUAUCCUCUGCCUGACUUUGCCAAAGAACCUCCCUCCAGGGAGCGGUACCAGCUGCGUGAGGCUCGAAGAAUCAGAGACCUGGACCGGGUCCUGCUGGGCUACCAGACGUACCCUCAGGCUCUGACCCUAGUGUUCGAUGACCUGCCGGGCCCAGAUUUGCUCUGUCACCUCACCAUGGACCACUUUGCUGCAGGAGGGGAAGAAGCCCAGCCCAGAAUGGGGGCAUCAAACGGGGGCGCGGAGGGCGAGGUCCAGUGGUGCGUCUUUGUACCGGGCGCCGACAGCAGAGAGAGGCUAAUUUCACUGCUAGCUCGCCAGUGGGAGGCGCUCUGCAGCCGCGAGCUUCCCGUGGAGCUCACAGGCUGAUUGGUGGGUUGGAGGAAGGUGACUGAGAUGGAGUCCCUGUGACUGGGAGGGAUUCAGUGCUUAAUUGGUUUAAAGACUGCAGGAUGCUUUGAACAUUUGGGACUAGCUGAAGGCUGCUGAAGACCCUGCUGAAGUUGGCGUUUAUGGGGAUCCAUAUACGCCAAGUUCAAACGAGAGGGAGAAGCAUCGCUUGGAGAAUGAAGUAAAAGAGCACCAGAGAGACAGAGGCGUUCAAAGCUCACAUACUUACACUCAUCUUCACAUCUACUCCAUCACAGCAUCAAAUGUGUUUAUCUUCUGCUUAUUGUUAACUACAGUUAAACGAAGUACUACGUUGCAACCACUGUUCACACACAGGUGUGUGAGCUCUGGUGGACAUCAGACAACGCUGUCAAUGCAGACGGUACGAGGGACUCGCUCAGAGCCCGAAAAAUGGGAGUUCCCACAGAAUUAUGAAAUUAACGACUUAAUAAACAAGCAGGCUGUUGUUGCCCAGCAGGGGCGCUGCAGCCAGUCCACGGGAGAGCCACUAGAGUUAUUUAUGCUUUUCAUAAAAUAACCGUUAAAUCAUUUGUUCUGCCUUUCACAAGCCGGAUGAGAAAAUGGGAAGCGUUUUCUUUGCAUUUCUAGUACAGAUUUAUGGGUGAUAUGACUGAGCUCAGACUGACGCACGAAGAACUGCGAGCCUCAUUCCAUCAAAGGGGAAAAAAAAUCCAUGGAGACAAGUCCAAAGCUGUUUGGUUUACAUGCUAUUUAUAUGUAAUAUUGCUGGUUAAACCAAAAAUCACUUUUCUGUAGUUUCAUUUUUGCACGUGUUCGAUGUGACUCUGGGUGAGGAGACAAGGAUUGAACCAAAAUGCUGGACUGUGAUGCACAAACACACCCAGCUGCUCCGCACAAACUGCUGUCUGAACUUUUUACUCAUUGCACACAUGAAGCAGUAUUACUGGACUGUAAACUGAAGCUUUUUAUUAAUAUUAUUAUUAUAAUUGUUAUUUGAGACUGAAGGAUGUUUUUCGGCCCAAUGCUGAUUUUUGUACUAAUAAUGAAAGUUCUAACGAAGCAAGCAAUGGAAUUUGAUAUUUAGUAUUAUUAUUAUUAAGUAUUAUUUUUUUUUAUAUUUUGUGUCCUGAUUUUAUUGUUAUAGUUUUCAAUCAUAAUUUUUGACUAAUGGGAAGCACCACAACCCACACAACAGUGUUAAAUGUUGUCUUGUUCAUGGGAAAACCAUUGAAUUAAAGUAAUAGGAAUUCUCCAUGUUACAAUAAC